AUUCUAAUGUCACUGUCAAUUUUGACAGAUAUCCAAAGUAAGAAUGAGCGUAUAAUUUGACAUAAAAAAAGUUGAAAAAUUGUUGUGUAUAUCAAAAAUGAAUGGUAUCAUUUUGGCUGGACUAGGUUUGGCUGCUGUAGGUUAUGUAGGAAGGUAUGCCCUUCGACAAAUGCCAAAUGCGGCGAAGAACUUCAACGAAGCACUGAAAAACUUGCCCAAAUUCGAUGCGGCUUCUGUGGCUAAUUCGAAAUAUUACAAAGGCGGUUUCGACGCCAAAAUGAAUAGAAGAGAAGCUGCUUUAAUAUUAGGAAUCAGUCCCAGCGCCAAUAAAGCUAAAGUAAAGGAUGCUUUUAAGAAAGUAAUGGCCGUAAAUCACCCAGAUAGAGGAGGCUCCCCUUAUAUUGCGUCUAAAAUAAAUGAAGCUAAGGAUUUUUUAGAGAAACAUUCUAGACAGUAAAAAAUGAAACAAGUAAUAGUUUAAUUAUACGAUUGUAAAUAAAUCAUACAAAAAAAAUAAAUCGAAAUCUUACGUAGACUAGAUUUUUGUGCCUUUAAUGUUAUAGUUUAAAUGUCUUUACUCUUUAGCAUACGUCAAAUCAUUUAUCUUUGUCUUGUAUAUUAUAUUGAUAUCUUAGCCUCCUUACGGUCGUAUUGGACAAAUUCCCGGAUAAUUUGAACACUUCCUGAAAAUGUUAUAAAAUUUACCUUGUUGUAACUAUAGCUUAAUCAACUUACUUGCAUGAACUUAUGACAAUUUAUAACAGAUUCGUGGUUUUUCAUGUCUCUAAAACAGCCUAUUAAUUCUCCCAAUUCUUUGGUUUGUAAAAUUUUCUCUUUAUGCAGCCUUAUGAGAGUAAUUGCUACCCUAAAAAUAAUCUUUGAUCCUUCGCUAAAUAAGCAGUCCCAUAUUCUGAACACAGUUUCCGCAGGU